AUGUCUUCUGCAAACGACGCGUCCAAGUUGAAUAGUCAAAAGAAAAGUUGCGGCCAAGCCGGCGGACACCGAGGGGGGGGGGAACGGAAGCAGACGAGCCCGCAAGGGGGGGCGGCGCCAGUUUGGGGCUUCUACAAAGCAAUUAAGCCAACUGCUGGUACAUGUCGUUCGGCAAUGAUGCAGAUUGGCAUUCACGACGGGAGGGCAAUUUUGGCGAAUUCUCUGCGUUGGAGAUUGGGAGCAGCUAUUCGGCAUUUUGUUCGCUCCGAACAACUGAUUUGGUCUGGCUGCCGUAGGAACUGGCUUGCGGAAGCGCAGCUGGCCAACCGGCGGUUCAGCGUACCGGAUGCCUGCGUUGAGGGAAAGUUGGACCAAACAAGACUCGGGAACUCGGGGAUGUGCUCGUCCCUGGGGCUAGAAGAGGCUCCACAAGUCAUCUGCCUCGGGGCCGGAUGGUUGGGCGAAUAUCGAUUCCGCUUCGCGACAGCCCUGGGCCUGACCGACUGA